GAUAUGAGGAGCCCAAGGUUUGCCUAUAAGACUGAGGGGACGAACAAACCAGAGAUUGUGGAGGUUCUGACCCGACACGCCUUCCUCUCCAAAGACCUGCCCCUGUUUGCUUUCCGGUAUAAGGAGGAGUUUCCUGUGGACGGGUGGAAGGUGUACGACCCCAUGGCCGAGUACAAGAGACAGGGUCUUCCUAACGAGAGCUGGACCAUCAGCAGGCUGAACAGCAGCUAUGAGCUGUGUGACACGUACCCAGCCCUGCUGGUGCUGCCCUCCAGCCUGCAGGAGGACGACGUCAGGAGGGUGGCCAGCUUCAGGGCCCGGCACCGCAUACCGGUGUUGUCAUGGAUACACCCGGAGACCCAGGCCACCAUCGUGCGCUGCAGUCAGCCUCUGGUCGGCCCGGCGGACCGGCGCUGCAAGGAGGACGAGCGCUACCUGCAGACCGUAAUGGACGCCAACGCGCAGUCGCACAAGCUCACCAUCUACGACGCCCGGCAGAGCAGCGUGGCCGUGAACAACAAGGCGAAGGACGGGGGCUAUGAGAGUGAGACGUUCUACCCCAACGCGGAGCUGGUGUUCCUGGACAUCCCCAACAUCCACGUGAUGCGGGAGUCCCUCAGGAAGCUGAAGGAGGUGGUGUACCCCACCAUCGACGAGCCGCACUGGCUGUCCGCCGUCGACCAGACACACUGGCUGGAGUACAUCCGGCUCCUCCUGGCGGGGGCGGUGCGUGUGGCCGACAGGGUGGAGUCUGGGAAGUCGUCCGUGGUGGUGCACUGCAGCGACGGCUGGGACCGCACGGCCCAGCUCACCUCCCUGGCCAUGCUGCUGCUGGACAGCCACUACAGAACCCUCAGAGGGUUCCAGGUGCUGCUGGAGAAGGAGUGGAUCAGCUUCGGACACAAGUUCUCCUCGCGCGUGGGCCAUGGAGAUGAGAACCAUGCCAACUCCGAGCGAUCGCCUCUUUUCGUCCAGUUCAUCGACUGUGUCUGGCAGAUGACACGACAGUUUCCUGCUGCGUUCGAGUUCAAUGAGCUGUUCCUCAUCACCAUCCUGGACCACCUGUACAGCUGCCUGUUUGGUACCUUCCUCUACAACAGUGAACAGGAGCGGGUGGCCAAGGAGGUCCAGUCUAGGACGAUCUCUCUGUGGUCGUGCAUCAACAGCCAGCCCGAGGACUUCAUCAACCCCUUCUUCGUGGACUACGAGCACCACGUCAUCUACCCGCUGGCCUCACUGCGCCACCUGGAGGUCUGGAGCAGCUACUACGCCCGCUGGAACCCACACAUGAGGCCCCAGAUGCCGGUGCACCAGAACCUGAAGGAGCUGCUGGUGCUGAGGGCGGAGCUUCAGAGGAGGGAGGAGGAGCUACGGAAGGAGGUGUCCUCCCGUUCGCUGUCCUCGUCGUCAGACCACGCCUCCUCACCGUCCCACAGCGGGGGCACGCCCCUGCACACCGCCGUCUGACCCCCCCCUCCCGCUCCCCCCCCCACACACACACGGUACCCUGUGAUGUCUGUUCUGCUCUACCAAGUGUCUGAUACCAGUGUUGUUGUCACGGAGACAUAAAAACUGAAAAUUCUAGAUUCGUAUAAACUUGAACUGAAAAGAAGUGAAAAAGAUUGGGGUCGUAAAUUCUAAAGAGAGGCAUUAUUAAGAUGAAAAUAAUGCAAAUAAUAGUAUUUUUGACACAUUUUUAACACCGUAAAUUGUAUAUAUGAUUAAUAUAUUUCAACCUACCAAAAUGUUAACUCAUCGUAUUUAACGGUAAUGUUGUGUCACAAAACUUUUCACAAAACAUAAAUUGUGAAACCGCACUUUUGAUCGAAUGCCACAUUCCAGAACGCUCUCUGCUAAUGCCAAGCCUGCAUUCAGUCUCACAGCCCUCGGAAUUCUAAAGAAUCUAGAACCGACAAAGGAGAAUUCUAGAAUGAGUAUGACUUGUUUAGAACCCCUUCGGUGUCAUGUGACUUGCUCCUGUGUUUGAGUUUUCACCUCGACCUCCUCCCUCGACCCCUGACCUCUAAACCUGAGGUUCUCGCACAUGCUCAGUGUGUUCCCUCUGAAAAGUCUCCUUCCCUUUACUUCCUUUUCUACGUUAUUUUGUUAUAAAUGUAUUUUUUAAACUGAUUUUUUAAAAUAUACUUUUACUGUUUUCUUGUUUUUGUACAGGGUGUUAAUUUUCCCUUGGUUACUUGAGCUCUUGUCCAGGAAGCCUCCGUGACUUAUCGUCUAGUUACGGUCGUGUUGUCUGUAUGUGAAUGCCAAACUACUUUUGCUCCCUUUGUGUGUGACUGAUGCUUGUGUAGACAUCUGAACUGUGGCUUCAGUGUGCUGUAUCUCCGGUGCAUGUGUGUGUGUCAGUGUGUGUGUGUGUGUUGGUCUAGAGCAGUUGGGUUGUGAGUGAUUGAGCAGAGACUAGCUAAGAUGAUUGUGGAUAUAACGACUAGUUGGGCUGUCUUAAACUCUCUCUCUUUCUCCUCUUGAGUCCCACAGUGCCGCCCAGUGGUGACAAACCAACUGACCUUCCUCACCACCUUGUAGCGUAAAAUAACAAUUAGAUUUUCUUGUACAACAAAAAAAAAAUCGUAAUUUUUGCUCUUCCUCGUGAAUGAUUAUUUAUGAUUAUUGAUAUUUACUGUUGAUAUUUUUUUUAAAUCUUUUUUUUUUUCAAUCAUGCCUCCUGCAUUUUACCUGUUGUUGGUGUCUUUGUUCAAUCCUUCAUUAAUGAUUUGUCGCUGUGUUUAUUUUGUUAUGAAUUAUAAACAAACAAAAAAUGCUUUUAUUUGGUUCAGAGUGUUGUAUCUGUUGAUAUUAACGACAGUUUGUUAAUAUCCCUUCGUCCUAUCCAGGAGUACGACACGCUAACCAAACCCAUCGUUUAAAAAAGCAGCUGUGUCCUGUAAGUGUAACUGUCUCUUACCAACACUUCUGACAUUCCACUGAUAAAAAAAGAAAAAGUAAGAAAA